GGUGCCGCCAUGUCUCCUGAAGAUAAACGGCGGCUAGUCGUUAUCUCCGCUGCAGUCUUCUUCCUCUUUUUUCUUUUACUCGUUUUGAGCUUCAUACCGGCUUAUUUGUACAUAGUUUUUAUAUCCGUCGCGUCUUGCGUCGUUUAUUUUCACAAAGCGGAAGAGUUGCAGUUGUUCGAGAGAUUAGGCCUCAACCCCCGCCGUGGACUGAGCGUGCCGCCGGCUCUACUGCGCUGGUUACCGGGACGGACUUUGAGCGGAGUCCCGGCCACCGGCAGAAACAAGAUAUUACGUAAAAGUGAUGCGCGAAAUUCUUUCGCUUCACCUAGCAAUAGACAUAUUGCAAGCUCGGUUUAUAGACGAGACCACCAGACCUUCAGUGACUCCGUGUUUAGUCCUCGGGAUAUACUCAUGGGAAGUUACGUCGCCAAGGCUGAAGAAAGUCCCUCCGCAGCGGUGAGGCCCGCAGGGGGAUCGGCGACUUUCAUCAACCCCAGACAGCAGCUCCGGGAAAGACUCGCACGGCCUAACCAUGCUGUACACACCCCUAACAGAAGACUGUCAUUCGGGGAACCUGUGGGCACAGUGAGUCGAUUCACCAUCACCCCACGCAGACAUUACCCCCUUCAGCAGGCCGGGACAAAUUACAUCGGGGUAAUGCCACCUGUCCCAUGGGAGGAUGGAUUGUGUAAGAAGAAGGUCCUAAUCAAACCCAACUCCCCAGGGGGAUUUCGCAGCCCGGUUACAGUGAAGAUCGCUAGACCGGAGCCAACUCGAUCCUCAUUCUUCGAUCAUCUGAACGCACCAGGGACCGUCACAUCCCCAACGAUCGGAGCCCAGGCAGACCCCUGCUCCAAAGAGGCUGUUCUGAAGGCGCUCCGGGAGAGCAGGAAGAGGAUUGUGAAUAAUGCAGAGGACAAGACUGCUCUUGGGCAGGAGAGCAAAAGGAGCCGUCAUGACAGUGGUGGAAGCGCUCAAUCACCAUUUGAUGCACUCCUUGAGAAUGGAGCUCCUUCUCAGCUUGUGCCAAAGCCUGGGAAUCUGAAGAGAGGGGUGAAUUCUUCUAUUUUGGAAGAAACCACUAUGAAGAGAUCUCGUGCCUCAUCCAUCAGCUCUGUGAGCGCUGGUCCUGUUCCCAGCGGGGUGCCCGGAUGUCCCCGAAACGCUAUUCGCAGUUCCUUUAGCUCAUCACAGGGUUAUCCACCGAGGAGGAAAGCAUCCAGUCUUAGUCUUUCUCCUCUCACAAGCCCAGGAGGGUCUCCCUCUCAAACUCCAGAGCGAGCUUCGAAGAAAGCGCGGGAGGAUGAUGCUACCUCACCGAGUUUAACUUCAUUCACGAAAACUGACAAGGAGACCCCUGACCCAUCCCCUGCUUCAGCUAAAAUUACUCCAAAAUCUGAGGCACCUGUUGCUACAUCAACAUCAGACUCGGGCGGCAGUGGUAAACGCAGGCGUAAAAUCCAACUGAUCACCACAAAAAGAGAUGAUCAAAUUUCAUUACCACCACCUCCCGAACUUGGCUACACCAUCACUGUGAAAGAUCUGGACAUGGAGAAGAAAGCAGCUUUCUCUCAGAUACAGAAGGUUUUAGAGGAGCCCAAACCAGAGAGCCCAGCUCCUGCUUCCACCACACUUCCCUCUUUUACCUUAUCUCUAUCCUCAACCUUAUCAUCUGAGGCGGCGCCUGUCCCAAGGUCAGCUCCCUCUCUGCUUUCACUCUCCACACCUGUACCUGAGACGACACCAACCACUACUGUAACUCCUGCGCUAACCAUCGACCUCACCGUCAGUGCACCUAGCGCAGUCAGUACCGUACCCAUGACCUUCAACUUGACACCAUCCACCACUAGCACCUCAGCUGUCUCCGCCACCAGUAUUUCAAACCCUUUGCUGGAGUCGCUUAAAAGCAUGAGGAAUAAUAAUUUACUUCUCAGUACUCCUUCAUUACUGGGAACUACAACUGCAGCUCCAGCAGUGUCUUUUGGGGGUUUUUCUACACCUGCCACUUCCACGAUCGCCGGUAGUGGAGUUGUAAAAUCCGAAUCCGGCUCAACAUCUCUGGGAUCCUUGUUCUCAACGCCGCCCUCCAUGUCACCACCUACCACUAAGCCAGCCACCUCCAUGCCCUCUACCUUCGCUCAGAUCCUGGCUCAACAAUCUUCAUCCAGCUCGCCAUCUCUAGGAGGAGGAGGCAGCUUAUUCGGCCUCAUCAAACCUGUGGCCACACCUGCAUCUUCAAAUGCUACACCUACAGCUGCGGUCGGCCCAACUGCAUCAACGAACAGCAUUAGCAACCCUUUGAUGUCUGGAUUUACGCCCAUUUUUGGCCCAGCAACUGUGACUCCUGCUUCUACAGCGGCGGAAAAACCCACUCAGCCUGUCUUCAAACCUUUAUUUGGCAGCAGCACCACAGGAAGUAGCACUGGUGCUUUUGGCCAGACGACCACAUCGAUGACAUCAACACCUGCUGCUCCGGCCACACAGAACAGCAGUAUGUUAUUUGGUGGACUAAGCAGUACUCAACCACCGGCGGUGUCCACUUCCUUCGCCGGCCCUCCUCCAGCCACACAAGCCCCUAGCCAGUCUCUCUUUGGUGGCUGGAAUGCAACAACCACGUCUGCUCUCUCCGUAAACCCCUCUUUACAAUUCGGAGCUGCGCCGACCACAACCGCCACCCCUGCGGCGAGCACCACUACAGCCAGCGCUGGUGGCACCAACUCUGCUUUACAGUUUGGAGCAGCAAAACCUGCACCCGCUCCACAAGCCCAGAGCUCAUUCACAUUUGGCCAGCUGUCGGCCAACCAGAAUUCCACUUCCAUGUCGUUCGGUGGGUUCGGCAUGACUGCCAAUGCCCCCGCCACAACCAUGGAAGCAACUACGACGCAAACCGUUUUUGGAAGCUCGACCAUGACCACAUCGGCCUCGAACUUUCCAGGGGCCACACAGCAGCCUCCUGCUGCCUCAAAGGCUUUUACAUUUGGGGGUAAUAGUGGAGCAUCACCGUUUGGGUUCGGGACGAACGCCAGCACAGCGGCACCUACCUUUGGGACUACCAGUCAGCCUACGUUUGGCGGACCAUCAUCUGGCUUCCCUUUCGGUAACACCACCACUCCUUCAGCGGCUCCCAUCUUUGGGGCUUCAACACAGACUACAGCUCCUCUCCCUGCUCCUGCUCCUACAUUUGGUUUUGGAGGGGCUUCGACAGUGCCUCAGAACCCAGCACCAAGUACUCCUGCUCCUCCUGCUUCCGGAGGCUUUAAUUUUGGGGGGUCAGUGCCCGGAACGCCAUUUGGGACACCUGCACCUGCAACUCAGCCUCAAGGAUUUUCGUUUGGGGCUAACAACACAGAGAACAAACCUGCUUUUGGUACGUCAACACCUGUUUUUGGCCAGGGAUCCACAGGAAUGUCAAUGCCGUUCGGAAGUCCGGCAACACCAGGAUUUGGUGCAAUGGGAGGUUCAGCAUUCGGGGCUUCACCAGCUACCUUCUCUAUCGGAACAGGCUCCAAGUCCACAGGGCAACGUCGUUUGCAAGCACGCAGGCAACACCCAAGGAAGAAGUGAUCAGAUGACUGGUCCAAGACCUGUCCUUUCAACUGUACAUAAUUGUUACUAUUUUUUCGGCUGACCCAGAUGCUGCUGCUGGGCUCUCGGUCAACCCUUCAGACUGCCAGGGCUGGUCAGGUGUAUAUUAUCAAGGCCCACGGGGCGCGUAGAUUUUAGAGCGGGUGUGUCCGCUAAAACUCAUCGCUGAUGGAUUCUGUUGAGAAGAUCUGCGAUGGAAGAACAGGAUGGAUUAUACUUGAAGAAAUGAAAGAUACAGACUUUCAAUUCUGAACUUCGACAUGAAUUGCAAUCCAGGCCUGUUGAAGAAAAUUUUAUUUGAACUUUUUUUUGUCUGGUAGACGAGUAAUCAGAUGCACGUUAUUUUUAGAUAAGUAAGGUAUUUUUUUCUCUAUGUAGUUAGUCUUUAUUGUCAUGCUUUCUAAGGGAAUAUUUUAUCUGUUUCAUUUAAAAAAUGAAAAGCUGUUUUUGUCCGAAUGCAAUGCAUAAUAAACAGUUUAAUUAUUCACUUUUUCUGCAUGUUCAUUUAAGAAUCAUAAAAAGAUCCUGUUGAGUUCAUUACAUUUGUAUUAUGUGCACUGACUUCUAUCUGUUCAAAAACCAAAGCUGAUGUUUUUAGCGCAACACUCUCACCUCCUUCACAUGCUCAAGUGUGCUAUUUGGCUGUUUUACUACCUCUCCAAUAUAAAUGUGUAUCUGUGUCCCAGCUGAACGGUUUUAAACUUUUUCACUUAAUAUCCAAGUUACUUUUAUUGCACUUGGAGUAAUUAAAGUCAGCACUGAUUACAUGCAUAACCCAGCUGUUACAUCAGCAGUCAAUGUAUUUGGCCGUCGGGCACAGUUUGCUCUUGGCCGUAAUGAUCAGAAAUACACUUUUUUUCCUCAAGUUAUUUUGUUUUAUUGCUCUCUGUGCCUUAGUGUGUUUUGCUUCGGGUUGUAUAUUAUGGGGGAUUUGUAUUUGAAGACACGAAUGAUGUUUUUCAUAAUAACGUGUGCAGAAUUGAGACAACGUUGUUGAGAGUAUGAUUUAUUUUAUUACCGAUCUAAGAGUUUUGGUCUAAUUUCAAACUGACUUCAAGGAGAAAUGCAGCUUUGAGUGAACCACAAACAUGGAUAAUUUAUAUUUGACUGUAGUGCAAAAAAAUACAUUUAAAAGUGUGACGCUGCUGCUCUUUGUUGCAGACAAAACCCACCUGAAAUAUUUUUUGUUUAAUCCUAGAGGGCUGUGAAAGGCAUUUUGUAUUUUAACUUAUUUUUUGCAUGCACAACCUUGUUUGAAUUUUGUAUGAAUCAUUCCUGGCUGUGUAUGAAUCCUAUGGUUUGUGCAUGCUUUUGAUGUGUUUUACGAUACCGAGAUAUAGCAAUUACUCAACCUGUAAUUGAAUGGCAUGUCUUAAGAACGUUCCUGAAUGCGAAUCUAUCCGCAGAUACCCUUUGAAUUUAAGUCUUACCACCUUCUCAGGUCUGUUUAGUGAAAAGCGAGAAUUAUUUUUUUUCUACGUCUGUUCAACGCAGAUUGUUGUAUUUCUACAUAACACUGGAUUGAAUUAGUACUAUGAUGCACAAAUACAUAAGCACAAAGCAUCAUUUUUAGGCCUUUUCUUUUUAAUCUGGUAGACAUGCAUUUUGCUUUUCAAUCCUCCUGGCUGCAUAUCCCGACAAUAAUUGCAGGGGACCGGGCGUUUUUUUUUUUUUUUUAA